AUGUUUAAGCCCCUCAAGGAUAUUAUAGCUUUGUUGAAAGCUUAUAAUGUCCAAUUUAAUCAACAACUUUUGCGUAAAAUCGAUCAUUUGCCGCUGCAGUGGAAGCAUUUGAAGGAUGUUGCUGCCGCCCGUUCGGAGGCUUUGGAGGACGCUCAACGCUAUCAACGUGAACGUGUUAAUGCCAUGAUUGCCAUAUAUAUGUGUCACUUACACAAUUAUGCUAAACAAUUUCCACGCUUGCCGUUCUUUUACGUUCCGUGCCAAAAUGUGUACAACCAGUGCGAUAGAGUUUGUGCGCGCUUAGAUUACUUUGCUACGCUUCAUCGCCGCUAUCUUCACUAUGCUGCUCUUCUGGGUAUUGACGCUGCAGAUCCAACAGCAUUGCAACUGUGUGCCGCUGAAGUAAAACGCAUCAAGCAACUAUGGGACUACGUUUACGUCAUUGAAUCAUGUAUAGUUGAAUGGCAUACUACAGCAUGGCAUAACAUCGACACUGAUGAAUUGGAAACAGAAUGCAAAAAAUUUACGCGCGAUCUACGUACGCUGGAUAAAUGCAUACGCGAUUGGGCGCCCUACGUUUACAUAGUUGAUAUCCUCAAGGAGUUGAUGGCAUCACUGCGCGCCAUCACUGAGCUACAAAAUCCAGCUAUAAGCGAACGCCAUUGGCUUGAGUUGAUGCAGGCGACUAAG